GCCCCUUCCCCUUUUAAUUUGGGUCUUGCAACUUUGCCCUGCUCCCUGGCUGUUGUUGUGGAUGAUGUUUGUUUCCCCUAUAUCUGUCACCAUGACUGUGGCAGGGAUGGCUCUUUCGGAGCAGCUGUCAAACAUGCUUAGCCUUGGGAAGGAUAUGAGCCACUUCGGUUCACAGAGAUGUCAGAGAACCCCUCACCAGUCUCUUUUUCUCUCUCUGCCACCCAACUGGGUUUUAGAAAGAGGCUCUCUUUUUUUGGAGAUGAAGUCAAAGCAAGCACAAGCAGAAAAGCGGAGGCACCCAUCUGAUGAAUCAAUACCUAGGGGGGGAGAGUCUGGCAUGCCUUUAGAUGGCACGCAUUACAUGGGGACUGAGUUGGGGAAAGCAAAGCCACCUCUGAUGCCUCUGUUCCUAUGCCACUUCUGAUUAUGCGCCGCAUGUGCAGACAACGCAUGAUUUGGGAGGAUGACGGAGAUCUAAUAAGUUGUUGGUUUUGUGGGGAGGGGAAAGGCGUGCUUCAGAGACCCGAGGAUUUGAAGGCUCCAUGGAAAUGACAGUUUCCCAUGGCUUGCGUUGGAGAAGACAUGGCUUGUUGGAAACAGAGCUGAGCUAAACGCUUCCCCCUCCUCUUCUUCUUUCCUUAGGAUUUGCAAGGAAGCAAAGAUGAAGAGGAAACUGAUGUCCUACACCAUGCAGCUGGUUCUUCUCCUUUUCUUGGCGUGCUUGUCUGCAAGAUCAUCCUUGGCUGACCCCAAUGAAGAUGAAGCAAAAAAUAACAUCACAAUCUUUACAAGAAUUCUAGACAGACUCCUGGAUGGAUAUGAUAAUCGACUGAGACCUGGAUUGGGAGACAGUACAACUGAAGUCUUCACAAACAUCUACGUGACCAGUUUUGGGCCAGUUUCAGAUACAGACAUGGAAUACACAAUAGAUGUUUUUUUCCGUCAAAAAUGGAAAGACGAACGGUUAAAGUUUAAAGGUCCUAUGAAUAUUCUUCGACUGAACAAUCUAAUGGCCAGCAAAAUAUGGACUCCAGAUACAUUCUUUCAUAAUGGGAAGAAGUCAGUUGCUCAUAACAUGACCAUGCCAAACAAACUCCUAAGAAUCCAAGAUGAUGGGACUCUCCUAUAUACUAUGAGGCUCACAGUCCAGGCCGAGUGUCCAAUGCACUUAGAAGACUUCCCUAUGGAUGCUCACUCAUGUCCAUUGAAAUUUGGCAGCUAUGCAUAUACAUCUUCAGAAGUGACCUACAAGUGGACUUUCAAUGCAUCUAAUUCAGUAGAAGUGGCUUCAGAUGGCUCAAGGUUAAAUCAGUAUGAUCUCUUAGGUCAGACAAUUGGACAAGAAACAGCUAAAUCUAGCACAGGUGAAUACACAGUAAUGACAGCUCAUUUUCAUUUGAAGAGGAAGAUUGGUUAUUUUGUGAUUCAGACUUAUCUCCCCUGCAUUAUGACUGUCAUCCUGUCCCAGGUGUCAUUCUGGUUGAACAGAGAAUCCGUGCCAGCAAGGACAGUGUUUGGAGUAACAACAGUCCUAACUAUGACAACUUUAAGCAUCAGUGCUCGAAACUCCCUACCCAAAGUAGCUUAUGCCACAGCUAUGGACUGGUUUAUUGCUGUUUGUUAUGCAUUUGUAUUCUCUGCCUUGAUAGAAUUUGCCACUGUAAAUUAUUUCACAAAAAGAGGAUGGGCAUGGGAUGGAAAAAGUGUAGUGAAUGAUAAGAAAAAAGAAAAGGCAUCUGUCAUGAAGAAAAAUAAUGCUUAUGCAGUGGCGGUUGCCAAUUAUGCACCAAAUAUCACCAAAGACUCAGCUCUCCCAACCAUCUCCAAGAGUGCUACCACCACGUCUACUGGCACAACCACUGCAGAACCUAAUAAGGCAAAGCCAGAUGCCAAACCAGCAGAAGCAAAGAAAACCUUCAACAGUGUUAGUAAAAUUGACAGGAUGUCAAGAAUAGUAUUUCCUGUUUUAUUUGGUACUUUCAACUUGGUAUACUGGGCAACAUAUCUAAACAGGGAACCUGUCUUACAUGGAUUUGCUCCAUCACACUAAAACCUUAAUUUUAUGAUGAGGGUGCAUAACAUCAUGAUAAUCAGAUUGUUUUCCUAUGUACAGUACGACUAAUAACUGCUAAUCUGUGAACCAAUAUGUACAGAAUGUAUAUAGGUAUCAUGUCCGUUUAUCUCCAAAGGAGGUGCACAAAGUUUAUUCAUGGGAUCUGAAAAACAGAUAGCACCCAUGUCAAAUAUAGUCUGCUCUCCUACCCAUGUGAGUUCUCCUAAACUUGGAUUCAAAUAUCCUGAAUUAUAUCCAUACAACCUUAAAUGGUCCUACAUAACUAUUUAGUAACACUAUUUUUUUAAUUUAAAGUUUAAAAUAUUUUUCUAUAAAAUGACUAAUUCUACUUUAAUGCAAAGAAGCUAUCAUUUAAAAGAGAUUUUUUAAAACAAAGUAAUCUUAAUAAUUUCUUACGGUAGCAGCGCCCAUGUAAAUAUUAUAGAUGUGCGGUGAGUUCAAAUAUUCUCUUAUUGCAACCAUUCUGAAUGCAAGGUACAUGUGAAAGCUAUUGGAAUGUCAGGGUUAAUAAUUUCUUCCUUUUAGUGAAGGUUCAGAGUUAAUGAUUGAAGGCUAAAUCUGUGAUCUUCCAAAACUUUUGUCUGAAAGGGGAAAAUAGAUUUCCAGUAGUCCAUGUGCCCAAGCAGGUUUACAAAUUACUUUCUCCACAAGAACCUUUCUCUUUCUGUCCAGCACUUGAGUAUUUCAUAAAUAACACCACGUGUGCAGUGCCAAUGGUGAGGAAAAACAUUGGGAUGAACCCACCACACCACAGGGCACUAGCAAUUGGCUGUAUACAUAGAAAACAGCUGUGGUACACCAAAGCAAAGACUAUAUCUUUUUCCGCUUCUAAUUACGCCAUCAAUAUCAUUUGUUCAGUUCUUUUUGUUAAAUAAUCCUACCUUUAUCAGUUUCCAGUGAGUUAAUUUCUGGAAUAUAAUCUACAAAACUAGAGGAUGUCUGAUAAUAAUUUCAUACAUUGUUUACUUGCUUUGUCACAGAUGUUUUUUGUUAAUUGUUUUCAUAUAAAAUCCAUUAUGUGACAUUCUGCAGACAUUCCAGAUCCUGAAAAAAUGAGGAAAUUACAUAUAGGAUUGUUUAUCUGGAAAGAGUAGCAAAACCAUCCAGUUAAAAUGCCUCUCCUUUAUUUCUCCCCUUGCCUCAAAGUUUCACAUGCAGACUUAAUUUCCACAUGAAUCUUCAGAGUCAGGUGUGUAGACAAUGAGUAGCAAGAGGAGAUCAGGUUGUUUUUGUUUGUUUGCUUAUUUGUUUAUAAAAACUGUUGAUAUGCAGUAGGAGACCAUUAUUCUUCCAGGUAUUAUAAAUUCUGAAUUGUUCUGAUGAGCAGCUUUAAGAAUAAUUUACAUUCACACCACUGUGUUGUUGUACAUUUGAUGAUUUGAAGCUGAAUGCAUAAUUUGUCUUGUUGGAUUCAAUGGUGCACAACAGGAAGGUGCUUUCUACUGAUGGAAGGGCUGUUUUACACCAUGGACUAGAGUGCUGAAUGAGAAAAGAGAAACUAAAUCCAAAAGUAUUCUUCCCAAUGUGAAAGAUCUUGUGCAUAUUCUUGUAUGAGUGGAAGCAUGAAAGUCAUAUUAAAUCUAAGUGCUACCUGUUGGAGCACUGUGCAAAUUCAUGCUUGCACAAGCAUUUCACAUAUCAGCAUUGUGAUUUUCUUCCAGCAUUCUUUGCACACAAUCCAUAUGUUUGAGGUGAUAUGUUAUAUUUGAUACUUGUGUUGUAGUUGUGAUGAUGUUCCAAGACUUCAUGGCUUUCUGGGCUCCUCCCUUAUUUCUAUCUACACCUAUAAAAGAGUGAAAAUGAGUCUCUGGGAGAUGUAAAUUUGCCUUUUAAAUAUAUUGCAUGUUCCACUAUUCAAAAUCAGAAAAAGACUUCCAACCACUUCUAGAUUUUUUGGGUGUGAGACAUUUUGGCAGUCCAGCAUCCUGUUACUGACUUACGCAAGCUGCACAAUGCAUGUGGAGUGCUUUUAUUGGACACUGCUCAAUGGCCAUUUCCAGCUGAUGAGGAAAGAGGCAGAGGUCUGUAUGCGACCUGUAGACUGGAAUUCAUGGCGCGUGAUGUACGCAAUCUGCAACAGACCUUGGCUUAUUCUGUAAUGAGGCCUAAAGCCCCACCGUAGAGCAUGUAGUGUCCUCCAAAUGGUAAGCAAGCUUUUGCCAGUAGGCUCAUAAAACUUUGUUUUCAGACUUGACUGCUCCAGAAACUGCAUAUAGAUGAAAACAUUUUUGUAAAGUGGUUAUUACUUAUAAUAUUAACAAUUUUCUAUGUCCAAUCCCAUGAAGAACAACAUUCCAAAACUUUAAGUGUACAUUUAUUAGAUUAAAUGGCAACAAUUUGCACAUAGCAGCCAAUCACAAACUGAUUUUCAGUAUUUCUCCAUUAUUGGUGAACCAAUACCUUUAUAACUUAAAAAAAAAGACAAAUGUCCAGAACAAGUUUUCAGAUAUUGUUCUAGGUUAGGUAUAUAAGAUUUCUCAAUACAGAUUUUUCAAUAAACUUUUCAGUUUAUUUGAGACCUGCCUUCCUUCAUACUGUUAGUGAGUCCAUAGCAAGCACUGGAAAUAGUGCAUUUUAUUUUCACCCUCAAGAGAAUGCCCUCAUAUUUAAGGAGUAUUGCUGCUUUUGUAAAUUGCAUCUUUAUAUUUUGCUGGAAUAAAUUCAAAACAAGUUUAUAUAUAUAUAUAUAUAUAUAUAUAUAUAUAUAUAUUAAAAUGAUUUUGCUAAGAGAAAUAAUUUUUUAAAAAAGAAAUUAAACUUCAGUGCAUCAUCUGUUCUUAAGUGCAAAUGGAAACAAAUUGGAGCAUCCAUUUGCAUUUUUGUAUAAUAUUGAAUACUGAUCCGUUGACUCUUUCUCAUGGAGCAUUUGUUAACAUUCCUUAAAGACCCUGUAAAUCAUACUACCCAUAAAUGAUUAUGUACUGUAUUUAGAUUUUAUUAGCAUAUUUGGUCUAUCAAAAGUAUUUUGAUUCACAUACACAUUAGCAGUUAUUAGUUGACCUUUUAAAAAGGAUACACCUUUAUGAUGGUGUCUUUAUAGUAGAAACAUAUGUAGUCGUAUAGUGUCAUUUAUUGCAGUUUUGUACAGUACUUGAAUAUAGUGCAUAAACUAAAUAUUCCAAAGUUUAUCAACACUGUAUAAAUAUUUUUUAAACAAAUUGAAAAUUACCUUAAAUGUGUGAUAUGUCACUCAUACACAAAAUCCAAAGGUUUUUUUUUUCAUUUACUGAUUUAUUUUCUUGUAUAUUUUUACAAUUAGUUCAUUCAGUGUGAUUUUGAUUUUUGCUCUGCAUGACAAAUAUUGAUGGCAAGGUCGCAAAUGCAUUUUAUUGGUUAGAACACAGAAGCAAAACAGAUCUGGCAUCAUACAAUACAAAAAGAGUGGAAGGAUGAGACAUUAAUGUCCUAUGAUGUAUUCUUUUGACCCCUCUAAUAAAUUCAAUAGUAUUCUUGAACAGUAGUUGAGGAAAUGAGCACUUUAUUUGACACAUAAAUAUAGAAUUUACUUAUUUUCAUAUCUGUUUAUAUAUAAUGUAGAUCUGUGAAUAGAAAUGGGUGCAGUAACAUGCUAAAGCAUUGUAAGGUUUGAAGGUGAGCAAUAAAAAAUUCUUCAUAAUAUAGUUAUACAUAUCUAAAAUGUUUUAAUUGUAAAUUAUAAAUUUACCCUUUAAUGCUACACUCUCCAGGUAUAAAUAUAAAUAUGUACAUAUGUAAAUCAAUUGUAAAUACCAGUAUUGUAGAAAGCCUUCUUUAGUUUUAUCUUUGUUUUAGGCAAAGGGCUCUGAUGGCAUAAUGGUGAUGCAAAGCCCAUCUCAACGGUUUUGAUGUGACUUAUUCUAAUGUGACUUUCCAGGGAGACUGCUCAACCUUCACUAAGGUUGGGCAUAUGCAAAUACACCACUUCUUCUUGCCACCUUUUACUGGCCAUCUCUCUGACUUUCUCAAUUUUCAAACUCUAAUUCUAUCCAAGGAUUGAUCACCAGACUUGGGAGACUAUGUAUUUGCUUGUUUUGAAAAUACAAUCUGGGAAGAAAAUGAAGCUUCGGUUGAGGGAAUAUCUAGGAAUCUAACACUUGAAUUUCUGUCAUUGUUGUGCUGUGUGUAGUAAUUCUGUUACAACAUGAAAUAGACUGUCUUGGUAAUUUUAAUUAGUGUUAACAGCUACAGCAUGUCACAGAAAUGGGAAAACAAGUAGAUUUUCUAUCCUAAGUGAUUUCUCAGAACUCCAUGUGAUGUAGAUGAACAACUGUGAUGUUCCAUAAACAAAAAAAAUCAGAACUUUUCAUUCUAGAAAUCAGAGGUUAUGGUGAGAUUAGAAUUUUUUCAGGUUUGUAGUAAGCAUAUGUUCUUAAGAACAGUAGACAUAGAAGAAGAUACUACUUGCACAAUGAAGUGAGUUGUUUUUCUUCUUUUUUCUGAUCAGUGUAAUGUGUCAACCUUUUUCUGACCAUUGAUAAUUGUCUGUUUUAUACACUGAGUUUGUACGAAGGAACCUACAGUAACACCAUAUCAGGCAACAGAACUGUAGGAUACAGACACAAACCAACAUCAAAUAUAGUAAUAAAAACAGUUAUUUAAUACAUUUUGGAAAAGGUUUAUAUGUAAAUAUUCAGCAUUUGCACUUAUGGGUUAGCCAAUUCAGGAUUUUUCAGGCCCCUGAUUUAUGAAUGAAAACCUUUGAUCUAAGUACAGCCCAGAGUGAUGUCAUUAAGCUUUAUGCAUUAAGUACCAACCACAGUUGCUCUAUUUCUCUCUCUCUCUCUCUCUCUCGCUCUCUCUCUCUCGCUCUCUCUCUCUCGCUCUCUCUCUCUCUCUCUCACACACACACACACACAAAGAGAGGGAGAGAAAGAGAAUGAAAAUAUAUUAGCUAAAAGGGCUGUUUUCAGAUAAAGAUGAAAUGAGAUUCAUUACACUUCAUCUAUUUAAGAAGGCGGGAUAAGGAUUAUUAUAUUUUAUUGUUCCUGAUCUUGUUUCUAGUCAGAAAGUGAUAGCAAAGCAUAAGAGAAUAGGGUAAAUCUUGGCACCAUGAUAACUAGGAGGGAAGGCACAAAGGUCCCUUGGAGGGCAGUUGCAAGUUGCAGCAACACAUGAAGUUAGCCUUGUGAAUUGUUGCAAGCUUCUACUCAUAGUUGAGCAGUAGAUCUGCACUCAGCCCUUUCCUCUUGUCUGAAACCAAAUCUCCUUGUCCCCCAUCUGGAGAUGACUCAUGAAAACUAGAGACUCAGGGCCCUUCUAAACAUGCCUAAAACCCCAGAAGUAACCAGGAUAAGGGUGUGUGUGUGUUAAAUGAUGUUUAGCUAAAGUGCAGAUGGAAUCAGAUUAACAGCUGAAAAGCACAUGUUAAAAAGGUGUACUUAAUACCCAAUUCCAUCCAGUAUGCAUCUCAUCAGCUGUGUUGUGAUGUCUCCUUGAGGGCAUGUCUGGGGCCAGAUUCUGCUGACCCUGGGAGUCUUCCUUGAAAAAGUAGUUGCCACUUCUCUUUCCAUGGUUGCUGGGGAGAGAAUUGCAGAAAGGCUGUUAUUUACGAAUUAAAGGUUUGUUUUUUAAAAAAUCAACUUAAUGAAUCUUUGCAAUUUUUCUUCUUCUUGCUGGAUUUGAAUGGAUUGGGAAGGAGGAGCAACACUUUUAGCAUGUGAUGAGUGAAGGAGAUUAAAUUCAAAACGUAAAAAAUUGGUGUGGUGGAGGUAUACAGAGUUUUGCCAUUUGUUGCUUUGAAUGUGAUGAGGUCCAAAGAGAACAAUUUUUCUAAAUUAAAUUUUUGUUCCUAAAAACCCAAAUUUUAAAGAUACAGAUAACCACAGAAGUGACACAAGGCUGAUUCUAACUAUAAAAUUACAGUUGUCUCUCACACAGAAAAAGCUCAUCUUAUUUUUCUGCCUGACCAUGUUCCAAACAAGUUAUUAAUCUGUGUAGCAGAUGUGCACAGUUGCACUGAUAUCAAUGGCACCAGUGUCUAGUAUUCUAUAGAUGCUAAAUAUAUAACAGUAGUUAUAGAAUUAUACCGUGAAGCUAUGCCUAAGUCUAGGAAUGGUUCAUAAUCACUUUUGUCUCUUGAAGUUUUUCUAUUACACUGAUUCUCAGGGCCCAUUCUGCAUGAUUUCAGAGAAGACAGAUAAAGAUAUAUUUGUUUUUAGGGAGUUAGAGAUACCAUGAUGGGCAGUGUUUUCAAAGUAUACUAAUUUAUUUCAUCCCACUAUCAUAUCUCAUCAAAUAGCGUCGGAAUAUGUAAACAUUACAAAACCUAGGAACAGAAAUGAUAGGAUGGAACACUAUAUGCAAUAAAUGUGAUGCUAUAUCAUUGUCAACUUUGGGGACUAGUAAGACUUUUAUAACUUCCUCACAGCUAGAGUAGCUUUCUAUAAUGCAACUAUCAUAUCUGGUAAUGGUAGCUAUUUUCAUGCAUGUAACCGCAACCCAUCUCUUGUGGCACGACAAAAUGUUAGAUUUGACUGCUAGCAGUGUUAUCCUGGCAUAGAGAUAAAAAUGACCCUAUUUUUCCUAUUUUACAGGUAUACCAACUAAUGGAAUUUAGCUUUUCCUUUAGCUUUUCAAACUGGAUUUGACUAAUUUUCUACCCACUGUUUCAAUAUUACCCUUUAUAAAACACACACAAAACAUUAUUUAAUGAAAGGCAAUUACAAUCAAAUCAUAAGUGAUCUCUGUAUAAUCCAGCAUGAAAUUAAAGAUUUAAUAAAUCCACUGUUAAAUCAAUGCAGUGCUUUAUUUUGUGGUCAUCAUUUUUAAGUAUUUUGUCCAACAUUUGAAGCUUGGACAGAAAAAGAUAAUCUCUAAAAUCCAAAGGUAUGGGCUUUAGAUGGCAAUAUGUCAUAACAAUCAUCAUCCCCUAUAUGCCAUUUACAAUUAAUAGAUUUUUUCUUGAAAUUAUGUCUAGUAAGCCAAAGAAUUCAUAUACAAUGGGGACUGUCAUUCCAGAAUUUUCUUUGUACUAACCACAACACAGUUAUGAGGCAAGCAAGAUGAGGCGCUAGGAAAGCUCCUGGCUAUUAGCUGAUAUGAAUAUUCAUACCAUUCAUAGUAGAGUUGGUAUCUUUGUCAAUUAUCAGCUAUGGAAAAGGUUUUUUUAACUGCUUUGAGUCUCCUGCAGGAGAGAUAAAGCAGGGUAUAAAUAAAUAUAAUAAUAAUUUCUCAGCUGAGCUUCCAACAUGGAUGAAGGACAGCAGAAGUGAGGCCAGGGGAAAGAGAUUGUUCACUGUUACCAUAAAGUUUCCAAGAUGAGAAAGAAAUCCAGUAUGUUUUCAACUUUUGGGAUCAGUAUGAUAACAGGGGUAAGCUGGCAACAGAAAGAUUUGCAAGCUAAAUAGGAAGAAAAUAAGCUUCCUUACACUGUCUCAGGAUGUUGCUCCAUCUAUCUCAUUAGGAUGAACCAGAGUCUGACAUUGAGAGAUGUGAAUGAAAGAAUUUGAAAGGAGCUGGAAUUCAGAGUAAAGAGAUAUUGAAAUACAUUGUUUAUUUAUUUAUUUAUUUAUUUACAGUAUUUAUAUUGUUGCAGUUGACUUUACAUCAUAGGAAUGAAUGAAUGUUUUGUAUUUUAAUCUGUGCAUAGGAAUUUAGAUUAGAUUUUGCUAGGGUGAGCAAAAUGUGUAUUUUUACCUCUUGACUAAGGUAUUAUACUAUAGAGAACUUAUAAUGGCGGUAUUUUCCCCCCUGGUGACUAAAAGAGAAAGUGAAAAAAAUCUAUUUUUAAUCUUUUCCAACUUAGUCUUUUAUUUUAUUCCCACCAGACUACAUACUAAGUUAAAAAAUUAGAAUAAGAAGUUAUAUUUAACAUAUAGCUAUGCUUUAUUACAUUAUUUGUCUUGUGAAAUGAGCAUUUAGUGCUCAUCUUUUGAAACAAACCAUUCUCUUUAAGGAAUUCUUGUGUAAUUAUCUCUUGCAACAAAAGAGCAUCAAUAGGUACAUAUUUUUGAAGUUUAUAACUGAAUUUGAAAUCAGAAGGUGAACAUUUACUAUGGUGUUAUUGAGGUAUCAUUUGUGUGGAUUUCAUUAGAUUCAAAUAGAUAUGUCAGUAGAAACUAAUGUAAACACAAAUUUGAAUUGAUAGUGGGAGACCAAAACUAUUGAUUCCUGAUAGAGUUGUCAGUUCCUGAUUCAAAAAAAGAUUCAAACCCUAACCAGGCAUCUUAAAAGUAAGCAAGCAUAUCUGGCUCACUCACCUGUCCAUGUCACUGUUUGCAUCACCUUCAAGAAAUAUAAGGAAAUGUUCUGAAGGGAAAGAGCCUGUCCUGUUCAUUGAACCUCUUCCCCAUGAUUUGGAAUCCUGGCUUCUUGGGAUUUCAAACAACUCAGAUAACCCACAGAAACAGAAUUGGCUUCCCCCAUCAUAAAGUUGUUUCUGCACAAUGAAGAGUAAUGAAAAUGACACUGGAAGGAUACAGAAAAGGUGCUCAUCCUCACUUCAUCUUCUUGUAAAUUUACUUUAUCCAUAUUUAGAAUGAGUUAAUGGGGCUGCUGAUUCUACAGCAUCUGUAUGACAAGUAAAGCUCAGAAGGUGUAGCUCUACUACUGCAAUGACUACAUAAGCCUCUGUUCUCAAUCUUCUUUAUGUAAUUCAGGGUAAAGCUUUGGCAAGUGUCUCAAGCCCCAGGUUCUACUUUUUUUCACUGAUAUCAGGGAUGUAAAUCAUGAUCUGAUUACCCCUCCUUAGUAACUAAAAUAAUGCCACCUCCAAAAGAUUAUUAUUUUUUAAAGCUUUGUUUCGUUUGGUCAGAGAAAUUUUGCCUUUCUGGAGACUGUUCUUUGGACAAUUGUGUAUAAUGUGAAAAAUUGGGAGAAAAUAUUGUUUUGUUGCAUGGACUGGUUAAAGGAGUAGCAGUGGAUAGGUUGUAUGUGUGUGUUUUUUGCAACCAAUCAGCCUGUCUUUUUGUGUUUGCUGUGUAUGUGUGUGCUUAACUUCCCAAAUUGGGAAAAUAUUGCACAGAAGUCUUUGCACAACUCCCCACCCCUGCCAUUUGCUGUCAUGCUAUUAUUCUGAAGGUAAGUUCUCUCAAGGAGGAAAAUCCUGGAGACUCUGUCUUAUCAAGUUAGUAUAUCCAGUCUCACCUGGAAUCUUAGCUAUGUUGGGAUUUCUUUUUCUAAUAUUUUCAAGUAUUUAUCUAAACAUUUUAUCUAUAUAUAUAUAUUAGGCUUGAUCGAUCCAUGAAAAAUUUGAUUCUAAACUCGUUUCAAAACUAGAGGGGGCAUUUUUUCGUUUUUGUUGCUAAUAACGAAUUUGGCCCCCAAAAUUUUUCGAAAUUAACGAAAAUUCGUUAUUUUCAAAAUUAAUUUGUUAAUGGCGGACGCGCAUGCGCGGUGGCCCAAAAACAGCCCGAAGGGGGGGGACUUAGGGGGCUCUCCCGCCCUCAUUUUUUGAGUGAUCUUCUUCAAACUUGGUACAGUGGUAGAACACAUUUAACACUGAUAGCUCACCAAAAUGUGGAACGUUUCCCUUAUCCUCUGAUUUUUGGCAAAUUUUCAUAGCUUUUAUAAUAAACCAUUUUUUAAUAAUUGCAGAAAUCUGUUCCUGGUUUGAAAGUCUUAUUUCCUGUUAAAUUGGGUUGUCUUUACUGUGAAAGUCAUUGCUCUACUUCACCAACUUUGUUUUUGUGGCUGAAACUUUGUUAAAUUGGUGUAGUCCCCGGCUGAGACACAAGCAGCCCCGCUUGUGUUUGAGAGCGGUGAAGGGACAAAGGCACCCCCUUCUUUCCCCAAAAGGAGUUGUAUUUUGUACAGGGAAGUAUGGGAUAUGCAACUCUUUCCCAAACUUGGCUUAGGAUUAUCAGGAAGCGUCCCCGGCUGAGACACAAGCAGCCCCGCUUGUGUUUGAGAGCGGUGAAGGGACAAAGGCACCCCCCUUCUUUCCCCAAAAGGAGUUGUAUUUUGUACAGGGAAGUAUGGGAUAUGCAACUCUUUCCCAAACUUGGCUUAGGAUUAUCAGGAAGCGUCCCCGGCUGAGACACAAGCAGCCCCGCUUGUGUUUGAGAGCGGUGAAGGGACAAAGGCACCCCCCCUUCUUUCCCCAAAAGGAGUUGUAUUUUGUACAGGGAAGUAUGGGAUAUGCAACUCUUUCCCAAACUUGGCUUAGGAUUAUCAGGAAGCGUCCCCGGCUGAGACACAAGCAGCCCCGCUUGUGUUUGAGAGUGGUGAAGGGACAAAGGCACCCCCCCUUCUUUCCCCAAAAGGAGUUGUAUUUUGUACAGGGAAGUAUGGGAUAUGCAACUCUUUCCCAAACUUGGCUUAGGAUUAUCAGAAAGCGUCCCCGGCUGAGACACAAGCAGCCCCGCUUGUGUUUGAGACUGGGGAAGGGACAAAGGCACCCCCCCUUCUUUCCCCAAAAGGAGUUGUAUUUUGUACAGGGAAGUAUGGGAUAUGCAACUCUUUCCCAAACUUGGCUUAGGAUUAUCAGAAAGCGUCCCCGGCUGAGACACAAGCAGCCCCGCUUGUGUUUGAGACUGGUGAAGGGACAAAGGCACCCCCCUUCUUUCCCCAAAAGGAGUUGUAUUUUGUACAGGGAAGUAUGGGAUAUGCAACUCUUUCCCAAACUUGGCUUAGGAUUAUCAGAAAGCGUCCCUGGCUGAGACACAAGCAGCCCCGCUUGUGUUUGAGACUGGGGAAGGGACAAAGGCACCCCCCCUUCUUUCCCCAAAAGGAGUUGUAUUUUGUACAGGGAAGUAUGGGAUAUGCAACUCUUUCCCAAACUUGGCUUAGGAUUAUCAGAAAGCGUCCCCGGCUGAGACACAAGCAGCCCCGCUUGUGUUUGAGAGCGGUGAAGGGACAAAGGCACCCCCCCUUCUUUCCCCAAAAGGAGUUGUAUUUUGUACAGGGAAGUAUGGGAUAUGCAACUCUUUCCCAAACUUGGCUUAGGAUUAUCAGAAAGCGUCCCCGGCUGAGACACAAGCAGCCCCGCUUGUGUUUGAGACUGGGGAAGGGACAAAGGCACCCCCCUUCUUUCCCCAAAAGGAGUUGUAUUUUGUACAGGGAAGUAUGGGAUAUGCAACUCUUUCCCAAACUUGGCUUAGGAUUAUCAGAAAGCGUCCCUGGCUGAGACACAAGCAGCCCCGCUUGUGUUUGAGACUGGGGAAGGGACAAAGGCACCCCCCUUCUUUCCCCAAAAGGAGUUGUAUUUUGUACAGGGAAGUAUGGGAUAUGCAACUCUUUCCCAAACUUGGCUUAGGAUUAUCAGAAAGCGUCCCCGGCUGAGACACAAGCAGCCCCGCUUGUGUUUGAGACUGGGGAAGGGACAAAGGCACCCCCCCUUCUUUCCCCAAAAGGAGUUGUAUUUUGUACAGGGAAGUAUGGGAUAUGCAACUCUUUCCCAAACUUGGCUUAGGAUUAUCAGGAAGCGUCCCCGGCUGAGACACAAGCAGCCCCGCUUGUGUUUGAGAGCGGUGAAGGGACAAAGGCACCCCCCCUUCUUUCCCCAAAAGGAGUUGUAUUUUGUACAGGGAAGUAUGGGAUAUGCAACUCUUUCCCAAACUUGGCUUAGGAUUAUCAGGAAGCGUCCCCGGCUGAGACACAAGCAGCCCCGCUUGUGUUUGAGAGCGGUGAAGGGACAAAGGCACCCCCCUUCUUUCCCCAAAAGGAGUUGUAUUUUGUACAGGGAAGUAUGGGAUAUGCAACUCUUUCCCAAACUUGGCUUAGGAUUAUCAGAAAGCGUCCCUGGCUGAGACACAAGCAGCCCUGCUUGUGUUUGAGACUGGGGAAGGGACAAAGGCACCCCCCCUUCUUUCCCCAAAAGGAGUUGUAUUUUGUACAGGGAAGUAUGGGAUAUGCAACUCUUUCCCAAACUUGGCUUAGGAUUAUCAGAAAGCGUCCCUGGCUGAGACACAAGCAGCCCCGCUUGUGUUUGAGAGCAGUGAAGGGACAAAGGCACCCCCUCUUCUUUCCCCAAAAGGAGUUGUAUUUUGUACAGGGAAGUAUGGGAUAUGCAACUCUUUCCCAAACUUGGUUUAGGAUUAUCAGGAAGCGUCCCUGGCUCGGAUCCCUUGUUUCCAAAAACACUUUUGCGUGGAAAAAAGAAAGGAGAAAGCCCACCCCGCCCGCAAGAAGAAAAAUGGCGUAGCAGAAAAAUUGCUGCGCCAGGAAAAAAACACCCACAGGACAGCCCUUUGCAAAAACAAAAGAAAAAGAAAGACCCAACUAACACACACCACCCAAACUCAGCCAGCCACCCCACCUUUUCUCCCGGUCUUCACACAGCCAUGCUGUGACGCAGCAAUCUUUCCUGCCUGCCAGUGCCUGCACCAAAAUCUCCCUUCCACCCUCUCCAAAAUUCCCAGUGCGACUGAGCCACGAGGCGUGUGCACGCUCAGGACGUCCUACCAGCCCCUCCCCCUGGUUAAACGUGCUCUCUGAUUGGCUACAAGGUGCAAACAACACGCUAGAUUGCCCCAGUGGACUUAAACAAGUUUGGAUGAUUUGCCAAAGCAUUUUUUAAAAACGAAAAAAAAGGCGCCAUAACGGAAAACGGCCAAUCGCGGUUCGAAACCGCGAUAUCCAGGCGUGUGGACAACCAAGGUUCGAUAUUGCUUCAAAACAAACGAAAAUAACGAAUCAAUAACGGUAAACGGGGAAAACGAAUUAUUUGAGCAAGCCUAAUAUAUAUAUAUAUGGCACAACUACACUUGUUAGGCUUGUUCACAGGUCCCAUCUACACUUCCCUAUAAUGCAUUGUAUGCUCUGUGCAGGUGGCAACUUGUUGGGUGUCCAUUCAAGUUACAAAGAACUCACUGUGAAACAGAGCUUUGCUAUACUAUGAGAUAGUGAAGAACUGUUUUUAUUAAAGCAAUUGUGGUGGAGAUAUACCAUACUGAGAAGAGUUGGACUGAACGAUUUUAAGAGACGUAUCUUUACGAUGAAGAUGAUGACUUUGAACAGUAAUUUAAUAUGUAUAUUUUACAACAGAACUCCGCAGUGCUCAAUUGAUUUAAUAUAGUAAAUCUCAUGAAUAAAUAAUUUUUCAUUUUGUUUGCACAUAGUAAAAGGAACAAUUUUUAGAAGUUUACUUAAGAAAAGAAUGUUUUUGGGAGAAACUGCUGUUAACUGGAAUCCUCACAAAAAGGAACCCACUUGUUGACCCAUGAAGAGCAUUUUCUCUCAGAAGCUUUAUAAUAGCUGCCAAUAGGGCUGUAGCUGGGAAGGGGGGGGCAGUUAGGGGCUUAACCUCCCCCCCCCGGAGAUUUUUCAGGUUAAAAAAAUCUGGUUUACUCAUGAAUUUUAACUGAUUAACCAAAUCCCCAUGAAUGUCCACUGAAGUUUAUCUGUCUUGAGUGUCCACUGAAGUUAAUCGAUGGAGCCUGAUUUCUAAAUUAUUUUGUAUUAUGGAACUACUUUUCAUGAUUUGCUAAAAAAAAAAAAAGUUUCAAUCCCCCCCCCCCCCUAAUUUUUUUUCUGGCUAUGGCCCUGGUCCUGGCUGCCAGACCACAUUUACUUCAGAGUAAUUCUGUUGGAGGUUCACCACUGCAAGUAGAUUAUGGAUCCAGCCAAUUUGUCUACCAUGAGAACACUAUUAACUUGAAAUUAAUACUGUUCUAGUUUCCUAAAGUAUCGUUUCUGUUCAUUUAUCUUUCUUCUUGAUUUACUUGCAUAAAACAAGGACCCCGAUCACCAGAACAUUAUUUUAUGACGGGAUAGUUAAAGAAUUGGAUCCAAAGAUUUUUGGAUGAAAAAAAGUCAGGAUUCUAAUAUAAAUGUUAGUGCUGCUAUUGUUAGAAAUCUACAGAAUUGCACAAAAAGCUACAAGUCCAAAUGGGUUGCCUCAUUUGUUUAGAUAAAGUGCAUUACAGAUGUCAUUGUUUUACAAGUGGUUGCUCAGUUGAUAGGCUGGCCACACGUCCAUAUGAAGGUAAGUAUCCAAAUCCUAUUUUCUAGAAAGCAAAUCUCAUUUAGUUGCAUAGAAUGCCAGAAAAAAAUGGCAUACGCUGCUGAACACGUUCAGGUAUGGCUACUUGAUUCAUCUGACUCUCAUGCAUUAAUGUGUCAGCUGGCAAAUCUAGCUGCAAUUUCAACAAUGCAUUAGAUACAUUCAGUCCACAAUGAAAAAGGCCUACAGUGAUAUUGCAAUAACGACAGAGUUAUGUUUUCCUUCUGGAGUUAACAUCCUGCCAGAAGGUCAGUUAGGGUGCUCUUUGUAACAUCUUAAGACAGAGGUCACCAAACGAAGGCCAGAUGCGGCCCUUCAAGGUAAUCUACCCAGCUUCUGACCUACAUUUUAGACUUAGGAUCGACCUAAAUCUGAAAUGACUUGAAGACACACAACAAAAACAACAACAACAACAACAACAACACUAAUUAACUUGGCUAUCUCAUUAGCCAAAUGCAGGCCACACUUCCCAUUGAAAUACUGGUAAGUGUAUCUUGGUUAAAAUUGUUCUUCAUUUUAAAUAUUGUAUUGUUCCUUCAUGUUUCACUACAAAGAAGAUAUGUCCAAACUAUAUUCCCCCACCCCUCAAACAGUCCGAGGGACAAUGAAGUGGCCCUCUGCUUUAAAAAAUUGAGGAUCCCUGUCCUAAGUUCACCUAGUAAACCCUGCGUUAGAUAUGAGGCGUAUGAUUGUCCUGUUUGUUGCGUUGCACAUCCAAUGACUAGUAGUAAUCAAGUGAUUUUCAUACGAUUGUCAAAUAGUUCAAAGAUACAUUAUUGUUCAUUGGAUACACUUUUUUCUGUUCAAGGGACAUGCUAAGCACUCCUAAAGUCUAUUUGUGUUGAAAUCUGAUUGCAUAUAGGGCUUAAUUCUACAUUAAUAUCUAAGAAACCUUGGAGUAUCUGCUCAUACUUUGUUUACUUUCAAAAUAUAUGUCCUUAUAUGAACUUCAUAUAACUUCAUUCUCAACCAUUCUCAGUCUCAUUGUCUGGCACUGUAACAUGUAACCCUUUCUUUAUAACAUUGUUCAAUUCCUAAAAUUUCAAGUCUUGAAAGAGAGUUUAGAAAUACAUAAUUAAUGUAUGAUUUUCAGUUCUAUGCUCUUUUUAAGAAAUGCAGAUGUCUUCAAGAUGUGUAUACAGAAUCAAGAGAAGUUUCUUCUUUUGACUUCUCUUUCUAAAAGUUUUCUUUUUGCCAGGAAGUUGUGUUAUUGCAGUUAAAUCAACUAACGAAAGCUAUUUCACUCAAAAUGGUUCAGUCAUAUCUGUUUUUUUUUUAAUUAUUCAACUCUGCUUGUAUUGAUGUGAGGAAUAACAAGAAACUGAUGCGCAUCAUGGCUGGAUACACAUUUGAAAACGAUUAUAAAAUCUGUUUUAUAAGAUAAUAUGCAAGAUAGUUUGUAUCAUUUUCAUCAUAAAGUAAUAUAUGCAGCUCUGUAACUUGGGUUUAUCAUUUAGCCUACAUUAAGUUGCUCGGUGUAGCCUAAGGCAUUCAAUUAGGCUACAGCUCAUGUGUGUUCAAGUUGCUCAGGAUUGCACAAAACUACAUUUUGUUCAUGGUAUUUAAUGAUUUCAAGCUUCCACCAAAUAUUUAGCCAAUAGGAUCUUUGAUGUGUUCAGGUUCAGCCCAUUGUGUUCACAUUAACACAAAAUAUGAAAGAAGAAAUUGUUUUGAUUUUUUACUUUUAGCAGUUCUAUUCUAGAUUAUCAUGUUAGUUGCAUCUAACAGUUCCUUGUUUACAAUAUUAUAGAGCAGAAUGCAAAAUAGAUUUUUGUAUUUAUUCAUCAAGAAGAUACAUGUACCACAUUUUGGGCAUCAGUCACAGAAAAAAUGUAAAAUCGAUUUAAAAUUGUCACUUUAUGGGAAAUAGUUUGGUGGAACUUGUGUUCAACAGAGGAGAUUUCACUGAAUGUCCACUUACUUGCCUCCAUUAAAAAAACCAAUGUUUAAUAUUGGGAAAUGAUGUCACAUGAUUUUUUUAAAGAAACCAAUCAAUGAUAAAGGGUAACUGAAAGUGUUUACAGGAGGUCUGAAUACUUUGAAAUUCUGCAAGCCAUGCAUUGUAGUCUACCAGGCACUUAAUAACCCCCAUUGUAUUUGCAGUUCCUUGCUUGCAAGAAAAGCAGAUCUGAUAAAUCCCUGGUGAGAUUCAUGUCUAGUGAGUUGCUUGGCCAAGUAUAUCACUAGUUGUGCAUGUCUUCAUAGCCAUUUUAUUUGUAGAUGACCAGAGUCUGGAAGAUAGCAUCCAGCCCAGCAAUUUGAAUUUGGUAUCAAUAUAUAUUGGAAAUCAGAGAUGAUGAUACAAUGUUGAAAUGUUAAAUGCUCCAGAUAAGAUACUCCUAGUGAGAUCCUGGGCAGUUUCAAUUCUCUGAAAUUUCUGAGCACACAGAGAAGGCAAGAUAUUUCUAGGCACAAUUCAAUUGAUGUCAUCUGAUGUGUGACUUCCUGUUGUCUUCCUGUUGUAACUUGGGGAUUGCCUGUACUUGGAGUUAUGAUGAUGUAGCAUCCAAGAAUAGUGCUAGAUAAUCAUCUACAUGUAGAUAAUCAUCUACAUGUUGCAACUUUGGUUACCUUUUCUUUCUUGGCUGAGUAAGAAAAAAUAGCUGGUGAGUUGUUUGCUUUUCUAAAAAAUAGAACACACAUGCACACACACAAUUAUACACUUGCAUAAUUAAAAAUCUGCAUGAUAAAUGUAGUCUAUGUAAUUCUUAAACAUCCAUGUCAAAAGAAAUCUCUGGAUGGCAAUUCACAUUUCAAUGUUUUAUAAUUACGGAGAAGACACAAACACAAACAGAGGGGAAUAUAAUAUUCUGUAAUUUGUGACCUUGUUUAGCUGGGGGUAAAGUUAUUGCUUUCAUGAAUAUGUAAAAGAAAUAACUUGACCAAUGUUUGAAUGUUUCACUUUGCUUGCUGUUAAAAAAAAGUAGUAACCCCCAUGCAAAUUUUUGCUAAAUAUUAUCUUUUUGGUACCUAUUAAAAUUAAUUUAAGUAUA